AUGGACGACCAAAAUUUGAAGAUUCCGGACCUAAAGCACCUAAUGGAAACUCAAGAGUUAAAAGUACAGCAGAAUCAACUGCCUAUUAAAGUUCCAGAAAAUAAGAUCUUAUAUAAAGUUCAGAAUGUGGAACAUAUUAAUAAUGUCCAGAAGGUAGAGGAAUUUAUUCCAAUCGGUGUUCAGGAGAAGGAAAAGCUGUCGAAUGAAAUUCAGGAUCUGGAAAAGAAGCCCUUGAUGAGCAUUAAGGAUAAGUUUAAACAGCAAGAACCUGCCAAAGAAGUUCAGGAUGUGGGGAAGUCAUUAUCACCCGACAACCUUGAUAAUUCCGCCUCUCAGUCAUCAAAUCAUCGUUCUGGUCGGAUGAUUCCACCCAUGCCCUCUGAGGAAACAAUGCGCCACUCCAUAGCCGACAACUUAAUGGAGAUAUUGGUAAAUAUGACUAAUCCGCAUUACCGACAACAGUGCUUCGAUCUCUUGCAGGUCAGCGAUCCUCUACAGGCACGCAGCCGUAUUCUGGGUAUCCUGCAGCAAAUCGACGAGAAGCGUGGGAUUCGUAGAUAA